AUGGGUAAAUCCAAAAAUCAAUCAACGAGUGGGGGAGGUGGUAAAGGAAAGACAUCAAAGAAAAAUACAGAAGCUGAUGAAUCUGGAAAAUCUACAAAAUUAAAGGCUGCAAAUAGUAUAAAGAUAAUGGAAGCAUUAGAAAAACUUACAGUUGCAGAAUUAUAUAGUGAAGAUAAGGCAAAACAAGGAGGAAGCUUGGGUUGGAUGAAUCGUGGUUCAAUGGUAGGAGCAUUUCAAGAAGCAGCAUUUGCUUUGCAACCAAGUUCUUUGGAUAAUCCAGUAUUUACAAAUCCACCAAUAAAAACUCAACAUGGAUAUCAUAUAAUACUGGUGGUAUGA